GCCAGACAAAGUUUCUGUGGUACGGUCUACAGUGUGCAACAAGACAAGAUGCAGCUGAAACGAUUUGCUGUGUUUCUGUUUGCCAUGCAGUGGGCGGAUGUCACAUUAGCGGGGAUUGGACCUCCAACAGAAUGCUGCUGGAAGACAUCCAAUACUCGAAUUAGUGUCAUCCACAUUGUGUCAUACGUACAUCAAGAUCUUUCAUUGUGUCCCAUCAAAGCUGUAAGGUUUACCACCAAAAAUGGAAAAACCAUAUGCUCUGACCCAGAGAGCAGCUGGGCUAAUUUGGCCAUAAAGAUGAUGGAUACAAGGAAAAGCACCCAAGCUUCUCCAGAAGAUCCAAGCUUCAUCAUAGAAGACAAUCCAAGAGAGGAGCUCACCACCACACCAACAUAUACCGAUAAGGAUCCACCAGCUCAGAAGCAGACAGCAGUGCUGCCUUUAACGCUCACUCCAUCUCUCGCAUCAACACAUACACAGAAUCCAAGUGAGUCCACUAUCACAACAACAGUGACGAAGGAGGCUCCUGGAAUUACCAUACUGCCAUGGACACUGAGACGUUUAAAAAAGAAGAGCAAAAGUGGAGUUAGAAAAGCACAGAGGAGAAGAGAUUAACAUUUACGGAAUGUUGAUGACCAAUCAACAUUUGUAUGCAGCUUUUGUCUUUAGAUACAUGCAUAAGUGAAAACUUAGUAUAAAGUAUAAAAAGUAUAAACUUCUUUCUCUUUUUUGUCUGCCUUGAGCUCAGUACCACAACAGAAGAGCUGAUGGAGCUACUGCGACAGGCUGCCGCUAGCACACUGCCAUUUUGAAAAGAUUCUACUUUGACCUUAUUUGUUUAUAUUUUAUAUUGUCUUGGUCAUUAAUGUAAUCAUUAUGGUGAUGACUGCAGUCACAUUGACA